UGUGAUUCUACUUCUGUGUCUCCAGAUUUGCAUUUCUUUGUUGUCCUACAAAACGCCAUUAUAUUCCUAACGUCUGCUUUGGUCUCCUACGCGUCCACGGUUUCCUUGUUAGGACAGCCGCCGAUACCUCUUUCGAGUACACCCAAGCCACGACAACCUCCACACUCACCAUAAUCAUCACAAACGUCAAUUUCGAGUCCUAUUGCAGUCAUCGUAUACCUAUUCAAACAAAUCCAUCAAUACCGAAUUGGCAUACGCCUCAGUCGCCUAUCCCUCCCGGAGAGGUUUCAGACCAAAGCGUACAAGGCCAUCGCCUUCACCUAAGCCUAUUGUGCCCACAAUCGCUAUUAUUAUCACCAUGGCAUCUUAAAUUUCACACAAACCUCGCUUGACUCUACUUAAUUCGACAUUCCUCGAUAGUUUCAACUUGCCGCCAACGGUCCUGCCGCCGCCAUGUCACCAAGUGCAUUCAACAUGGACCUGCACAACCGGGCUGAGGUCGCAAAGCGAUAUUUUGCCUACCCUAACAGUCUAGACCCUCUGACUCCCGUAUUCAAGCAGGGAUUGAUUCCAAUUGCACUGUUCGCCAUGCUAUCUCUCAUCUCUGUAACGGCACUCUUGGUCUUCAUCACCCAUAGACUUGUCUCCUGGCGCAAACACUACAAGGAGUACGUUGGUUACAACCAAUACGUCAUUCUUAUCUAUAAUCUUCUUCUGGCCGAUCUCCUACAAUCAAUUGCAUUCGCCAUCUCCUUCCACUGGAUGCGAAUCGGAAAAAUCCUCGCGCCCACUGUACCCUGCUUCAUACAGGCUUGGUGCCUUCACCUUGGUGAUGUAGCCAGCGGCUUUUUUGUCCUUGCCAUUGCAAUCCACACAUGGCUCGGCGUUGUCAAAGGUUACAGGAUGCCUUACAAGUGGUUCGUUGUUGGCAUCCUAGGCGUUUGGAUAGUCGCGGUUCUGCUCACCAUUCUUGGACCCGCCAUGUUCGGUGACAAAUUUUUCACCCGUGCUGGAGGAUGGUGCUGGGUUUCAAUCGAUUUCGAACAGGAGCGACUUUACCUACACUACCUUUGGAUCUUCAUUGUCGAGUUUGGUACAAUGGCAAUCUACGGUCAUGUCUUCAUUCAUCUCCGAGGCCGCAUUCGAAGCAUCAUGAACAACGACACCACUAAACUGUCCCGAGCCACCAAGUUCAUGGUCCUGUACCCUCUAGUCUAUGUCUUAUUGACACUGCCUAUCGCAGUAGGCCGCAUGGUUGCAAUGACUGGCACUGAUAUGCCCGACGUAUUCUUCUGCGUAGCCGGUGCCCUCCUCACUUCCUGUGGCUGGAUUGACGCCUUGUUAUAUGCGUUGACUCGCCGUGUCCUCGUAACAAACGAACUCUCAACCGGUGGCUACACCUUCAGCCACAACGUGACUGCCUUGACCCAGGAUGUCACGCGACCAGGCGACACAUACGGUCUCCAUUCUAUCAACAAAGAAACAUCAACCGGUCAAGCCCGCACAGUGACCAUCGUCGGUGGAAAAUCAAACCGCAUAUCAAGACUCGUGGAUCACCGUCGAGGCCGCAGCGUCACGCGUGACAAGUACGAGCUCCACGAAUCCGUAAGAGAAACCAGCCCAACAGGCUCCCAAGACUCCAUCAUCAAACCCAACGUCAACGCCAUUGGCAUUGUGACAGAAACCACCGUGCAAAUCGAGACAGCUUCUCCAGGCGAGAGGUCCUCUCCCUCAACCGAAGACCCCAAUCGCUUUGCAUCGACCUCGCGGAAUCAGAGCGAUAGCGCCUUCAGUGUGGAUCUGGAGGACAAUGAGCGCAAGCCUACGAAUUUCCUUAAGACUUCUUAAAGCCCUAAGCUUUUCACUACCUAUAAUACUUUAAAUGGCCUUUCCUACGUAGAGGGAAAGAAAUAACAAAUCCGAAAGAAAUCCACCAUAUCCAAUGACCACGAAAAAUCCAUUGUUUUCUUCUUCCUGUAACUGUAAACCAUUUCUGCUCAAAUGCAACCGGCCAACCACAUUUCGCACGAGCUCUGGUGCUCACAUGCACGGGGGGUGGGCGUCUUGGG